GGAUACCUGCCGGCCCUGUUGGUUGUCAUGGCAACCAAUACACAGCCGCAGCAGCCUGUCUUCCACUACAGCAGCGUUUCCUCUGUAGUUUGACUCCAAUACAACACUUUUAACAAGACAUGCCGACGAGUAACGCUGCAGCCCCGGUGAAAAAGAAGGUACUUGGUGCAAAGUCGCAAAAAGCUACAAAUAAAAGAAAGGAGGAGGAAGAUGACAAUGGUGAUUACAGUUGGGAAGAAAAGCUCCAGGGGAAACUUAAUAAACCUGCGGAUCAACUGGAGCUCACUGAUGCUGAACUGAAAGAGGAAAUCACAAGGAUCCUGACCGCAAAAAAUCCACAUGCCCCUCAAAAUAUUGUCCGAUACAGCUUCAAGGAAGGGGCCUUCAAGCUGACCAGCGCUGUGGAUCAGAUGGCGGUCCACUUUGUCCUGGACGGGUGUCUCAUCCAUCAGGACUCGGAUGAGGCUCGUCGCCUGGCGGCCCAUAAAGACCUUGCUGAAGAGUCACUCGCAGUGGAUUCUGGACCAGAGGAAGAAAAAACGGACAUUUUGGAUGCACCGAGGGAUGGAGGCGAGGAAGAGGAGGCCGGAGAAGACGACCGAGCAGACAGUGUUGCCUCCAAAACAAACAAUCAGGAGCCCAAAUGUACGAACCAGUUCAACUACAUCCAGAGAGCCUCUCAGACCCUCAACAAUGCACUGCGGGAUAGAAGCUGCCAGACUGCACCGCCGCCACGCCGUAACUACUCGGCCGCCGCCAGCCAGUGGGACAUUUAUGACGCAUACGUGGAGGAGAUGCACAAGCAAGAAAUGAAAAAAGAGAAACAGAAACCGAGGAAAGAUGGCGACAAAAACCAAAAAAAGGUGAUGCUCAAUGACACAGCGAGUGACGACCAGCACAAAAUGACCACGGCCAUCAAGGUUUUGGAGCGAAUGGUCAACCAGAAUACUUGUCAUGAAAUAGCACAAGAUUUUAAAUACUUUGAGGAUGCGGCGGAUGAAUUUCGGGAGCAGGAGGGCACUCUUCUUCCCCUGUGGAAGUUCACCUAUGAAAAGGCCAAAGUGAUGUGUGUCACCGCCCUCUGCUGGAAUGACAACUACCCGGAUCUGUUUGCUGUGGGACUGGGAUCAUAUGAAUUCAGCAAACAGGGUCGAGGGAUGCUUCUCUUCUACACCCUGAAGAACUCCACCUUCCCCGAGUACGUCUUCCCCACACCUUCUGGCGUCCUGUGCCUGGACAUCCACCAGCAGCAUACCCACUUGGUGGCCGUAGGAUUCUAUGACGGCUGUGUGGGCGUGUACAACCUGAAGAACAAGGGACUGGACCCCGAGUACAAGAGUACUUCUAAUACUGGCAAGCACACCGACCCCGUCUGGCAGGUGUGCUGGCAGAAGGAUGACUUGGACAACAACCACAGUUUCUACUCCGUGUCCUCGGAUGGUCGUGUUGUGUCUUGGACUCUCAUCCAGAAUGAGCUCAUCUUCUCAGACGCCAUAAGGCUAAUGCUAACUGGUCCAGUGUCUGAGGGCCCAGAUGGUGUUGGUGAGGUCACCACAGCUGGUGGUACUUGCAUGGACUUCCACAGGCAGACGGACUCUCUCUUCCUUGUGGGCACUGAGGAGGGUAAAAUACACAAGUGCUCCAGGAGUUACUCCAGCCAGUACCUCCACACCUUCCAUGCCCACAACACGGCAGUGGACACGGUCAAGUGGAAUCCUUUCCACCCGAAGGUUUUCAUCUCGUGCAGUUCGGACUGGACCGUCAAGGUCUGGGACCACACUGUCAGCACCCCCAUGUUUACCUUUGAGCUCAAGGCGUCAGUCGGUGAUGUGUCGUGGGCUCCGUACUCCUCCACCGUCUUUGCUGCUGUCACCAUAGAAGGAUUGGUUCAUGUUUUUGACCUGAGCAUCAACAAGUACCAGGCGAUCUGCCAGCAGCCGGUGGUGGCCAGAAACAAGAGCAAGCUGACUCACCUGGAGUUUAAUCCCAUCCAUCCCAUCAUCAUCGUCGGGGACAACCGAGGCUGCGUUAUCAGUCUGAAACUCUCUCCCAACCUCCGCAAGAAACCAAAGUGCAAGAAAGGUCAAGAGUUGCCUGAAGGUCCUGAAGUGGAAGUCGCCAAGAUGGAGAAGCUCCUCAGCCUACUGCGGGACCCGGAGCAGAGUACCCACUAGACCCUCAUGGUAUCUCGUCUGUUCCUUCAAUCAACUCUUUUCCCUUCUGCAGAGGAAGUCUGGUUUUUGUCAGCGAUUGUAUGUCAACCUGUUAUCAAAGAGUGUAUUUCUGUCAGGUUUGUCACUGACAGUUUAGUUAUGUUUUGAGUUUUUCCUCUGUUUGUCUUUAUUUCCUGUCGGCGCUCUUAUUUUGGUUAUUUCCUACUUGUCUCCCUGAGUGCUGUGUCCCCUCAGCUGUGACUGAUUGGCACCUGGCCACACCUGGUGUCAAUCAGCCAGCUGCUAUUUAAACCUGCCUUCUCCUCCAGUGACUGCUGGAUUAUUGUCGUUCCUACCUGUCGUGUCGUUGUUCUUAAUACUUGUCGUUGUAGCUCUGUCUACUUUUGUUUCACUCUGCUCAUGUCCUAGUUCCUUCGUGUCACAGUAAGUGUUUUUGUUUCUUGUCCACAGUUAGCCUCUGUGCUAUUUUAGUUCAUAGCCAAGUUUGUUCUCCGCCUUGUGCGCGCCUUUUGUUGUUUCCCUUUUGUUUGUUGUUUUGCCUUAGUGUUUAAUUAAAUCAUGUUUUCUUGCACAA